AUGUUCCGCUCUAAUCACAUUGCGCAAGCACGUGACAGCACAGGGCAAACCCCGAGCGGGCACGUCCUCCCGCGCCUCUUACUGCAGGAAGCCCAGUGGCAGACGGAGACCCCGCCCAGGCGCCAGUUCGAUGCCCUUACCAUUGACUCCGCCCCGCGCUCGGCAUUGCAUCGACUGAUGGAUCUCCCAAAUGACAGCAGCAUGGAACCAACUGUGAGCCCCGAGAAGGAGGAUCACCAGGGUCUGUUGCCAGCCGUCCCCGCUUCCAAUUUCCCAGAAGUGGGAUGUGGAGAUUCUGGUUCCACCCUGCCCACUGAUAUAACAACCUUACAGGAGGGUGAGCGUAGUACUGUUACUGCUUCACAGGCAUCUGCUGCCCCUGCUACAGAGGAUUAUCCAGGGCAGCAGGAGCUGCAGUUGGAGUUUGAGCGUGAUGGGACAAGCAAGUCUGUCAUGUGUAAGUGCUCCCCAGAGCUGAAUAAGCUGUUCUGCCAGACAUCUAAGACCUCCCCAGUUCUGAUCCAUGUUAAGAGCUCCCCUUACUCCGGUUCUGUGGUGCCCCAGACCAUGAAGGUGUAUAAGAAACCCGAGCAUAUAGCAGAAGGUGUGAACCGGCGCCCUUCCAACAAGAGUUCUGUGGCGUUUCAUAACGUCUUCACCCGUCAAAGUCAUCUGAUCCUUAUUGAAGAGAAUUCCAUGGCUCAUUAUACAGAGGAUGAAAAUGGGAAUCACAGUGCCAAUGGGCCAUAUGAGGAGCCGCAGGUGGGAUCCCAAACCUCCAAUGUUCUCACAAGUGAUAUGCAAAACAAUACCCGUCUGGGGGAAAUGAACCGCCGGCUCAUUAUGACCGUCACACUAGAGUCCAAGGAUGGCAUCCUGGACCAACACCGCUUUCAUGCCUGCAUGGGCGAUUUUCCUUGCAAAGACCACCAAAUGGAGGGGGAGAACGUCUUGAAGAAGGAGAUGAAAGACAGUAGAAUGAUGGCCUUUCCACGCCUCCCUACGGUGUUACAUCCCCUAUUUUCCAUAAAACACCAUGCCAGAGAGGAGGAAGUCUUCACCCUCAAGAUCAGAGGACGCAAACGAUACAAAAUAUUUAAAAAGCUUAAUGACGCCUUGGAUUUGCAGGACAGACGUCAGGCAGCUGUAGUGACGGAGAUGCAGGUAGAUGGGACCACAACAGGGGAUGAGGCUUCUGACACCAGAAGUGUGUUGAAUGCUGAAGAUUUUUUGGCCAGCAUAGCACUGGAAGAGAGUGAACAUCAGACAUAG